AUGUCUCUGCGGACUUUGUUGUCGCGGCCUGUGACUGCUGCCCCCCAUCGGAGACACAGCAGCAUUAUCGACGAUGCUUCUCAAGAAGGAGGUCUGGUCGAGGGACGUAUCCGUGCCGAUUCGAUGCAAAGACUGAGCCUGGGAUUUACACGGUCUCACGAAGAGACACUCAAUCCUUUCAUGGCAUACGAGCCGGAUCCCACGUUAUCGCGGAAAGAACCUGAACAACACAAUGGCCUGUCCGCUGCGCCCUCUGCCCUCCCUAAAAGCGUAAGCACUCCGACCACCAUGACAUCGACGCUCAAAGACCAGUCUGAGCAAGAGCAAGGGGUGAAAAUUGAUCUGGAGGAUCUUCCUUUGCCCAAGCCUCAACGAUUGUCGGUCCUCGGUUUCAGACAUGCUUCGGACCCCCAAUUAUUUACGAGGUUCAGAAAGGAUGAGCACGGCGUUACACCAUCGAAUGAACCGGCUCCGCCGAAAAUCAUAACCACGGCGCCAACCACGCAAGAAUUCGAUGAACCUGCAAAACGGCCUAAAAGAAAACUGUUUCUCCGAGCCCCGAGUUCCUUUCGAAAGGGUAUGGCUUCAAAACAUGACGUUCAGGAAUCCCUUCGUGAGGAUGAUCAUGAAGAUGGAGACAAAGUCCAAUCGACAUCUUCGAAAGCUGGGAUGCUGCGGGAGAACACCUCCUUCGAACGGUUACCUCGGCGAAAAACUGACGUCAACCCUAUGGCUCCUCCUCCCUACGGCGAUGAAACCUCCUCAUCGCUGGCGAUACCGGUGACACGAUUGUCUGACUCGUCCCGAUCCGAUGACAGUUCUGGCAGCCACCAUGUUUACGCCAAAACCACAACUACCCACACCAUCUCCACCACGACUACCUUUUUCAAACUGAAGAGACGGAAAAAGAACAAGGGGCACUUGUUCCCUCUGCCAGAAAGAUUCACAGCCUCUGACUCGGGCCGAACAAGCGCCUCUUAUGGCCGAGAGGAUUCAACGAGCGAAAGGAAAUCCUUGUCGCCGAGCAGGAAGUCGACUACUGCUGUGAGAUUCGAGGCACAGUCCAGUAGACAGGAUUCUGCCCACCAGUCGCCCACCCAUUCAGCUGUUGCCUUCACAAAUGCACCGUUUGGGUCACCAGGACCGGCCAUUAUACGACAAGAUUCCGCAGCUUGGUCCACGCAUUCCGGUCAUUCCACUCCUUCAGUCACGUUGGGUCCACCGCGGACGAAUGGAAGAGGUAGGUCCUCUACCAUGACUUCACUCGGCCGAUCAGCAGACAAAUUCCUUGACACUGUUCCUCAGCCUGGAUCGGCGCGGACGUCCACUUCUACGACUGGUAGAAGGAGCUUUGGGGAUCUCUUGAAUCUUCCGCAUCGACUACGGCAGAACUCAGCUCCCCCUGUCCGAAAUAGUGCAGGUAACAGCCCAGGGACGCCAGGUUCGAAGUCCAAUUCGCUGCAUAUACCGCGAGAGGAACACGAGCGUGUCUAUCCCAAACGUGAGGAUGGCGACACACCGGCAAGCUAUCUUGAAAAGCUGGAAGCUGCCGUUCCUAGAGGAGCAAUGGCAACAGCCCUCUGCAAAGCCGCAGACGAGUUUUCAAGGACUUGUCUGCGAAAGUACAUGCGUGGGUUCUCGUAUUUUGGCGAGUCAAUUGACAUGGCUAUAAGAAAGAUGUUGAUGGAGGUGGAACUCCCAAAGGAAACCCAGCAGAUCGAUCGGCUUCUGGCGGGCUUUGCCGACAGGUACUAUGAAUGCAAUCCUGGUAUUUUCGUCUCGACUGAUGAAGCUGCCUUUAUCGCUUUCUCAAUCCUUCUUCUUCAUUCUGACACCCACAACAAGAACAAUAAGCGGAAGAUGCAAAAGCAGGAUUAUGUAAAGAAUACCCAGCAGGGCCCUGUGCAAAUCUCCAGCGAUAUCCUGGAUUGCUUCUACGACAAUAUUUGCUAUACCCCCUUCAUCCAUUUUGAGGACGAAGUUGCCAUCAAUACCCAUCGCCUGGCUACGGCUCCAAAGUUCAAGAAGACCUUGAUCAAGACGAAAAGUACUGAGAGUCUCCGAGGCCCUGUGGAUCCGUACACUCUCAUUCUGGACAACAAGUUGGACUCACUACGACCGCCGCUCAAGGACGUGAUGGACACCGAGGACUGUUACAGCUCCACUGGCACGGCCGGGGGUCCAGAGCACGUCGACGUCCACAAAGCAUUCGUCAAUUCAGCUGUUUUGCAGAUUGUUUCUGCACGAUCACGGCCUGAUGCUUUCCUCUCUCAAGCUACUAUCACCAAUCCUGUUGAUGCUCAGGUCGGGUUGGUCAGUUUCAAGGUUGCCAAGGUUGGACUCUUAUGGCGUAAAGAUGUCAAGAAGAAAAAGGCCAAGCGACCGUGGCAGGAAUGGGGUGCGAUAUUGACCGACUCGAAGCUUUACUUCUUCAAAGACGUUGGCUGGGUCAAGAAGUUGAUGGGACAAUACGAUGCACAUGCGAAGACUGGGUCCAAGUCUGGCCCCCUAAUUUUCAAACCACCUCUAUCUUCCUUCGAGCCUGACGCGCUCAUGUCCAUGGAUGAUGCUGUUGCGUUGAUAGAUUCCAGUUACAAGAGACACAAGAACGCUUUCACCUUUAUCAAGCACGGCGGCUUCGAAGAGGUGUUCCUCGCCAACAGCGAGGUGGAGAUGCAUGAUUGGGUGGGCAAGUUGAAUUACGCCGCCACGUUUCGCACAGCUGGUGUGAGGAUGCGUGGGCCUGUGAGCACCAAUUACGAGGGUCGGCAUCUUCUUCGGAAUGACUCGGACUUCUCAUCUAAGAGCGGUGAAACCCGUCAUAAGGAUAAGAAGCAAGAUGUCCAAGCAGCUGCGUGGGAAAUCAUGUUCUAUCGGCGACAGCUUAUCAACGAGAAGAUAAGUGACUUUGACGAGAGGCUGGCCGCUGCCCAGAAGGAACUCGACAACCUCUUACGAAAUGCCCGGCAUUUGUUGAUCCUGCUCCCCAUUCAGCAAAAGACGCGCGAACAGCUUGUUCUCGCUGCCGGUCGCAUGUCUGCAAAGUUGAAGUGGACCCGCGUCGAGGUAUGGCGGACAAAGACACAUCGAGACACCCUGUGGAAAGACCUGGAGCACGAGGGAGUAACAGCAUUUCCGGCUCCAAGGACGCCAUCGUCAUUGACACCCCAAAGGGCGACACCAGCAAAGACCGGUCUGUCCAACCUUGGACGAAGUGCCACCGAGACAAGCCAUCCAACGCUGUCUCCCAUCAGUGCGACAUCCUCUCGGCCGUCGAAUCUGGCCGACCGCGUUAAGAAUUCGGAAAAUGGAAGCAUUCAUACGGCACCGAGCACGAUCGACCUUACAACUGAGGCAAACCUUAAUCCUUCUUCCACCGAUCUUGGAUUGACAAAGUCGGAAAGCACCCAUGACUCGAAAUCCCUAAUUCACCAAAUCUCCAUUACCAGUUCUCAUAGCCGUGACAAAGAGCAGUCGGCAAAGCGUACAGAAGACACGGAAGAGCAGGUACUUAGGGAUGCAGGAUUGGUUGGAGUUGAAGGAGCGGUGCUCCAAAACAAACGACCAGACACGAGCGAGUCUGAGCGUGAUCGAGUGGGCACCAUUACCGCGCCGGCAGAAGGAGCUAAGAACUCUGGCGUGCGUCGCAGUCUCCAUCGAAGUUUGCGUGAAGCAGGCCACCUUAGAGAAGGGAUACACCACCAUUCUCCAAGCAUACAUCGUCAUAAGAAGGGCAGGGAUUCCGGUUCCAGCAUUGCGCCUACUGACGAUGGCACUCUGUCGCUGGGCAGCGAACCUGGAGAGUUGAAGCGCGGUGCUGGCAGUUUCAUUUUGCACGGAAAGAAAGCUAGUGUCAUCACCAUGUCUUCGGAAUGGCAGAGCAUGUCGCGUGAAGACCGAAUGAAAUUGAGGACAGCUGGUCAAGAAACUGAGGGUGCAAAGGACAGUUAUUUGGCUCCCGACAACGACGGCGAUGAUGCCAUCGAAACCGCUAGCAGUCUCAUGAGAGCCUUGGAUGAUCGCUAUGGAUCUCCAAUCUCGAGUCGGAGACCUAGUAUUGCCACCUCUACUGAACAGUUCGUCGAUGCCGAGACAGGAGAAACAGGACACCAAGAUCAGAGAGGGGCACGUGGUGAGGAAUGA